UUACCUUUCUCUACUUUCAAACCUGCUUCACCCUUUCACUCUCACUCCUUCACUCACCAGAAGCAAGAAAAAAAAAUCCCCAAAACCCCAAAACCCUAAAAUGUCAAAACAUACUCACACUCAUCAGUUCUUGUUCUACUUGUUGAUGUUCAUCUUGGGUGUUUCUAUUGUUAGCUCAAAAUCAACAAUAGAACCAUGUUCAAACUCCGAUUCUUGUAAUGCACUAGUAGGUUACACACUAUACACAGAUCUUAAAGUAUCACAAGUAGCUUCACUAUUCCAGGUAGAUCCAAUCUCUCUACUCACAGCAAAUGCAAUAGACAUUUCAUACCCAGAUGUUGAAAACCAUAUUCUACCAGCUAAACUCUUUCUGAAAAUACCCAUUACCUGUUCUUGUGUGGAUGGUAUUCGUAAAUCGGUGUCAACUCGGUAUAAAACUCGGCCUGCUGAUACACUGUCUUUGAUAGCUGAUAGUGUUUACGCUGGGUUGGUUUCUGCUGAUCAGAUAAGAGAAGCUAAUUCUGUUUCUGAUCCUUCUGUUCUUGAUGUGGGUCAGAUUCUUACCGUGCCUUUGCCAUGUACUUGUUUCAACUCAAGUGAUAAUAAUCUACCCGCAGUCUAUCUUUCUUAUGUUGUAAGACCUAUGGAUACUUUAGCGGAGAUUGCAGCUGGGUAUUCCACUACUCUUACUGAUCUUAUGAAUGUUAAUGCUAUGGGUGUUCCAUCUGUUGGAGCUGGUGACAUAAUUGCAGUUCCUAUUCCUGCUUGUGCGUCAAACUUCCCAAAAACUUCUGCGGAUUUUGGUUUAACUGUGCCAAAUGGGAGCUACGCCAUUACUGCAGGUCAUUGUGUUCAGUGCAGUUGUGGACCUGGAAAUCUAAAAUUAUACUGCCAACCUGCUUCAUUGGCAGUUUCGUGUUCAAGCAUGCAAUGCAAAAGCAGUAACCUCAUGGUUGGAAAUAUUACGACGCAACCAAGUGGUGGUGGUUGUAAUGUUAAUGCCUGUACAUACGGCGGUAUUGUCAAUGGUAGCAUUGUCGCCAGUUUGUCCACAACUCUUCAACCUCGAUGCCCAGCGCCACAUCAAUUUCCCCCACUUAUAGCUCCAACUGCAUUAACGGUUAGGGACCCAUUAUUUGCUCCAGCCCCUGCACCUUCUCUAGAAGGUGUGAUAUCAACAAAUCCUGGGACUGUGAUUCCAGGAACUGGUUUGCAUCCUGGUGGAAUGUCUCCAGCAAAUGGACCUACUGGAAGUACCUCUGAUGCACCAUCCGCGAUCCCCCUAUCCAGAUAUCAAAUCGGAAUUCUGCUCUUAUGUGUUGUCAUAAGUUGGUGGGUUUGACGAACUUACUAAUUAUCAUGGUGACAUUGUGAUUAAAUUGUGGGGUUUUGUUUCGCCUGCUGUCACUCAUUUGUAGUGCACCCACUAAUUUAUUGUAGUAUUUUAACUUUCAUUACUCUUUUUUUUGUGCCGUCAAAUUUGGGCAUCCGCCCUGCUUGUAUUUAGUCUUCAUGACAAGUCGCCGCGGUUUUCAAUUCCAGCUCCCUGAUUGCUCGUUUUCUCAAGUUUUCUACUUAUUUUAAUCUACUGUUCAGCCGUAA